AUGUCAAAGGUUGCUAAGGUUGAUCAAAGAGUUAAGGAGCAUCUGAAAGAAGCUGGGUAUGAAAAAUGGGCUCGGUGUCAUUCUCCUGUGAAUAGAGGUAGAAUGAUGACUUCAAAUAUAGCCGAAUGUAUUAAUGGAUGUUUGGUUGAGGCUAGAAAACUUCCUAUUCUAGAUUUCCUAGAAGAAGUUAGAAUCUUAUUUGCUGCAUGGAAUUGUAAGAACAACGAAAUUGCAUCUUACACCAAUACAAUUCUUGACAGAAAAUUUGAAGAAAUUCUAAUUCAUAAUGGUGUUAAAGCUUUGCGGAUGACGGUUAAGCCAGUAGGGAGUUAUCUUUAUUGUGUUUAUGAUUCGGGACGAAGGUACAUUGUAGAUAUUGAGCGUGACACGUGCAAUUGUGGCCGGUAUCAAAUUGAUGAAAUACCUUGUCCAUAUGGAAUUGCCGUAUUAAAAAGUAAAAAUGUGGAUGUAAAAGAUUAUAGUCGUUAUUUUUCUGAAUUGUACAGACCACAAACCAUAGUGAAGACAUAUGAACUCCCGAUAGUUCCAAUGUCAGACAAGAAGGAUUGGAAUGUUCUAGGUUUUGUUGAUGAUGAAGAAGUUUUGCCGCCCAAAUAUUGA